CGAGGAUCUGCGCUGACAUGACGGUGCAUAGCUGACUGUCAUGGUUCAGCCCAGCAUUUUCCCGCUGGCUGGGGUUCAAGGUUCAGUCCUGCAUCGCUGGAAAAAGAGUUGGGUCGACAUCUGGAUGGAUGGAAAUCUGGUCUACUACCAGGAUGAGAGCCGCAAGGACUAUGAAGGCCGCAUCUACUUAAAGCAGAAAUGUACUGCAAUGAGAGUGGGCCAGGAAUGUGCAGAUGUGCAGCCACCGGAGGGGAUGACAAGGGACUGUUUGCUGAUGGUCUGCGUUAAGGGGGGAUGCAACCUCACGCUCUGCGCCAACAGUGCCGAUGAAGCUCUGGCCUGGAAGCUGACCUUACAGGAGGCCAGGAAAAAUCCGGUAUACGUAUAUGACCCCUAUGAAGACUCGUACCACACUGUACCUCUGGAUGGCCACAACGCAGUCUACAUUAGCCCAGGACAUGGCUACCUAGGGCCACACCAUGUUGUUGUGCACCAGGAGCCAUGCUUUAGUAUGGGAGAACAGGUGGCACUUGGCAUGCUGGCAGGAAUGGCGACAGGUGCUGCUCUACGUUCUCUCAUGUGGAUGCCCUUCUGGAUCUGAGGACACAGCACUUAUUACUGCAGUCAUUUUGAAAGUGAAACAGGCAUCCAGAUUCACAGCAUGUGUCCAUUUCCUCCACUAUGUGUGUCUUACUAUUUGACUGGCUACCUGUCUGCUUAGUUAAAAUAGAUGUCCACCACAUUGUGACAAUUCUUCCCAAGACACCAUUGUACACUUUUUGCUUCAGAAAAUGUAAGUUUACAACUGAACAUAUGGCAGGCAAUGACCAGAGAACCCAAUCAAGUAACAGCUGAAUGGCAAGAGCAACAGUCUCUUGAGUUCUUUUUGGGUGUACUGUUGCCAUUCUUUGUGUUCAUUUCUUGGUGAACAACUGCAAAACACGUCACCUAAUUUACUCAAGACAUUUUCUUGAGCGAUCCAUUAAUUUUUUAAGAUCACAAUUUGUAGUACUCAACUUUGCGAAGCCCAUGCCAAAAAAGACUAAACACAAAAUAGAAACCAACCCAAGAUGGGACCUCCAUUCUCCACAGCAUCCAUUCACCCUUAUUAACAUUAAGUGCAUCUGUAGAAUGUGGGAGGAGAGUGGCCGACGACUUCACACAGAUACUGGCCAAACCUAUAGUAUGUGAAAUGGCACGUCUUCAUGUUAAAUACCACCACCUUUACCGGUGACCACCAUGCAUGGAGGAUUAGGCUUUCACAAUGAGCACUGUACAUUUCUAUGGUUUGGAAAUAUCAUCUGCUGUAAUGCUUUGAUACUGUGCGGCCUACAAGUUUGGAAAUUAAUGUGAUGAAAUCCAAACAUCAAUGUGGACACAAAUUCACCAGGACACGCAACAGCUAAGCAGCACCGAGAUGAUAACACAUUUUGUGGCAUUUCACAAAGCACUCCGUCUCUUUUGAAACUUACACUUUCAUUCAUUAUGUUAACUGACCCCAACAUGGGAUAAUUUGGCAAAUCUUCAUUCAAUGAGGAAAUAAGGUUGUUCCACAUUUACUAAACAAAGACAACAUUUACCAGGGUCUGUGUCGACAAGACAGUUUUUAUAAAUGUUUGGUGAAAAUGAGCAUUUGUGCAGGAGGAACGCACCAGAGACCUAAUUUGACAAACAUUUUCAAAAUGUUUUUAACGACAUCUCCAAAUUCAAGUUCUGUUCUUUUGUGUCUAAACAUCCCAAAGAUGAAGUGGCAUCCAUCACUUACUUAACAUGUCUGUACUAGAAGCCACUAUGAACAUCUCCCCCAAAUUUAAACUACUCAAAAAAAUAUGAAGACACUGAAUUUAGAAGAACCACUACAGUGACAAGUAGGCAUGUAGCACAUUUAGAAUUUAGUCAUGAAGGAGUUGGUUAGUUUAAGCUGCAUAUGGUACACACAACAUGAGUACAAGUCAUACUUGAGGAGGAAGAAUCAAUUCAGAAGAGAUCAUUGACAUAAAUAAUUAACACCCCAUAAUGCUUAAAUGUAUAUAAAUGCUGGGCAGAGCCAGUUUUUCAUGAUUUUGGUUGCAGGGUUUCAUCUCAUAGGCCCACCUGACAGGAGACCCACUGACAUAGAUGACAGCUCAGAUGAGGUCAGUGUGAAGAGCCAUCAUGAGCUCAGGCAACAGCAGACUAAAGAGCCAUCUUUUUGACCAAAAGUUUAUGGAUUGAUACAAGAAAAUAAAUAAAUAAAUAAAACACCCAAUUCCUGAUCAUCAGAAUGCAAGUGUUAGUCUCACAUGAGAUGUGCUGCAGUACUGUUGUGGAAGCAAGAGGAGGCACAAAGGCUUGUUUCCUCAAGUUAGGGGUCCUGGUCUCUCUCAUCACAUACGUCCUUACUAUGUGUUAGAAAUGGCCCAACUCAAAAGUCUUUCUGAUAUUCAUUAAAUAUUAGCUAAUUCAUUGGUGACACUAUUGAUUUUUGCUGUUGUGAAGAAUUGUAGCAUUUGCUGUUUUGAGGCCUUUGGAUUUGCGUGAUGUGUUGAGGGGCUGCAGUGCUUGUGUUUGUGAAUAAAAAUGAGACACGCCAUCAACUGAUGUACUCUGGCUUUGGCUUUACAGGAACGCCACUCUCCUGCCUGCCAAUCAAACACAUUUAAAUCCGAGCUCUUUAGCGGAGUGCUAGAACAGAACAAGUUUGGUGGGUUUGGCAGUGAGGUAUGCAUUCCUUUCUUCAUUCAAAGAUAAACAUUCCAUUUGAGAAACAAAGAUUUACUUUGCUACUUUAUACAUUUCUCUUAUAAUGCUGGACUUGAAUUAGUGCAAAUCAGAGCUGUCAAUCUCAGAUGCCAGGGGGUCGCAGUGGCUACAAGUUUUCUUUCAGGUCACUUUUUAAAUUGGUAACCACUUGCUACUGUUAAUGAACAGACCUCUUUUGCUCUGUUUCUGGCAGACUUGCUUUUUAAAACUCAAAACCUUUUUUUCUUUUCUUCCUUAACAAACAGCUAAGUAAUAACAUGAUACAAUGCUAGCCAACAGAUGCCCAGCUAAAUCAGGGGACCCCAACAUUGCUCCAGGAGGGCUAUCAUCUUUUCUCCAAACAAUUUCUUAAUUAGAAGCCAUUUCUUGCGGUUAGUAAAAUGUAUUAUUUAAGUCUGUGUCUGUUAGCAGUUACAGUGAGUAAGCAGGAAAAAGUAAAGCAACUACAGGACCCCAGAUACCCACUGAACGGCCAUAUCAAUGUUGCCAAAUGUCUCAAAUCGCGUAAAAGCUUCAUGUUCAAAAGACCUCUAGACUCAAUGGCAACAGCAACAAGGUUGGACUUAGGGUGCAUCAACGGCAUUAGCUCAGAAGUGAGAGAACAUCUACCCGCUGGCAGUGGCCUAGACUGGCCAACAUGGAAAAGCCUUAACCACCUGCACAUCAGGACUGGUAGAUCCAAAGUCAAGUAGGGGUGCUCUGAUGACAAGAACCUUUGUGACUGCGGGGAAAGACAGACCAUGGCACACCUCCUGAUCUGCCAAUUCCUGGGUAAACCAUGUACCAUGGAGGACCUCACCGUGCCAUAGCCUGUGCUUGCCAUUGGAAUGGCAUAUGAAACUUUUGGUUUUAAGGGUUCAAGGAAAAGAAGAAGAAGAAGCAGCAUUUACAUUAGGCCAGACCUGGCAAUUCCAAAACUGCUAAUUUGCUAUUUUUCUGAGAAUUUCAUCAACAUGUUUUGUUGGCUGCACCAGCUCAGUAUUUCAAAGAACCUCUCUUUGUUCUGUUCACAUAUUUUACAGAAACAAAUAACAAUCUAAUGGAUAUAAACGUGCAAGUGAAAUCAAGUUAGCUGAUCAUCUGUUGGCUUGCUUUGCAUCAAAUUAUUUUUUGCAAAAGGUAACUAAGUAAUUCUAAACAAGUAAAUCACAAGAUAGCAAGGACCCUGUUUAACCUACAGUUGGUUCCUAAUUAAAAAGUGGCUGGAAUGAAAACAUGUGAAUGAUGAUGAUGAUGUGAAUGUUACACCCCUGAUGUUUAAAUUAAUUAGACAACAAUUAAAACUGCUAACCUUUGAUUCUUCUCCACUGUCUUUGUGAAGCGGCCAUAUUGUGCAGUUGACAGAUACAAGUCCUUCAACAAGGCAAGAAACCCUGGUUAACAUCCUCAAGCUCCCAGGAGAAAAAUGAACUUCCAACUACAGAGGCAGUGUCCGUUUUUAACCUUUACUGUUUUGUUUCUGUAAUAACCAUAAAUUGAUUAAUGCUUUGUUACUUACCUACUGCUGU